AUGGCUGCACUCAUACAUAAUCCUAAAAACUCAAUGAAGUCGACGUGGCGUCAUUGGUUUAUAGAGCUCUUGAACAUGCACCACAAAGUAGACAAAUUCCAUCGUUGGGUUCUCAUCCACGCCAGCAUCCCACUAUUUCUUCAUCAACUCUAUAUUAGUUACUUCGGUCGCAACCCUUCGCCAUUAUCUGUAUUUAUUUUCUACAGCCUGGCGUUUCAACUCAUUUCCAUACAUGAAAUACAUGUUCUCCGUCGCGUUGGGCACAAAGUUGGAUUUUUCGAUGGAGACAAACAUGCUCGUGAUGGUGUGCCUGAUGCUGGCGUUAGCAAGACUGUACAGUCACUAGUGUCCAUUGUCAUACUGCGACCGAUGAUGAUGGUUUUUCUCUCCUAUCGCUCGGAUAAAGGCCCAUCAUCACUCCGAACUCACCACCCGACAAAGCAUCCAAAUCCUCUUUUGUCAGGUUAUGCGGACUUGCUGCAGGAAUUUUUUGACAUGGUCGGUGCGCCGCUCAUAACUUAUGGCACAAUGAAAUUGAUGGGAAUCCCCUUCGGUUUCUACGAAUGGUGGAUUUGCCAGCAAUAUGUAGCCUUCACAGAAAUUUUGGGUCAUAGCGGUCUGCGUAUGCUUGCUACCGCAGUGAAUCUAUGGACUUGGUUGUUGAGGUAUUGCGAUGUGGAAGGAGUGAUUGAAGAUCACGAUCUUCACCACCGUAGAGAUUGUUUGUUCCACACAUCUUUGCCUCGCGUAGAGGGGCACCGGUAUAAUAUCGACUACCUAAAUCCUGUGAAAAUACCGCUGCUGUAA